AUGCUCGGUAACUCACAUAUUCCCGACGGAAUCCCUCCCGACAUCAAGUUAUGCCCCACGUUCAGCUCCGCCAAGCUGCCCAUAUCCGCGAUCGAGCCCGGCAGCGGGCCCACGAUCCUAUUCCGGCUCACAUCCAAAACCGUCAGAUUCCUCAGCCUCCCAAUCUCGCUCGGAAAACACGACGACAGCCCGUUGUUCGUCACCACCAGCUCGUUCAGCGUGGCCCACAUGUCACCUAUUCCCGAAGGAAAGCACCCCUCGAAACCGUUGUUCGCCAGAACCAAAACUGAGACUCGAGAGCUCCCGAUAUUCUCGGGGAGCGUCGACGAGAAUCGGUUGUCGUUGACGAAAACCGCGUCGAGAUUUUUGGAAAAGAGGGAUUCCGGGAGGGCGCCGUCGAACUCGUUGUACCUCAAGUCGAGGGAAGGGUCCCGAGAAGCGGUUGUUGCUGAGGUCGAGCUCGUGGAGGCGGGUGAGGGUGGCGAGGGUUUGGGGAAGUUUGCCGCAGAAGCGGUUGGAGUUGAGGUGGAAGACGGCGAGGUCGAAGAGGAGGCCGAGCUCGUGGGGGAGGUGGCCGGCGAGGUUCGCGUGGUUGAGGUCGAGGGCGGCGACGGUGCGCUCGCAGGGGUUGUCGGGGGAGGGCCAGCAGAAGACGCCGGUGUAGAGGCAAGGGUCGGGGCCGGUCCACGUGGCGGUGAGGUUGUUGGGGUCGGAGAGGAUGGCGUCCUUGAAGGCUUGGAGGGCAAUGUAGGCGUUGCGGAGGCGGGGGUUUUCGAAGUCCAGGAUAACUCCCUCAUAUUUAACCUGGAACCACUUCAUUGCAUCAUCCUUAGUGACCCUGUGCUGGAUCCCAACACGCGACUUGCACCUACGGCGGCGGCCCACACGAUAUCCAGGGCGUUCAAGGACAACAUAGAAAUCCAUGCCAUAAAUACCAGUAGAUGGAUCAAUGUGUUCCUGGAUUCCGAAACCAAAACAGCCAGUAUCACUGAAAUUCCUUCUCAGCAGCUCAUAUUCCUUGACCUUCAAGCCACUCUCCAGGAGUUGCAUUGCCUUGUCACCUCGGACAGUGACAUAGCAAGCAAUUUUUUCAUUACGUCGGAUCCCAAAGGAACGUACAGUGUACCUUGCUGCAAGCAUGGGUAA